CACAAAAAUGAGCCUAUAACACGCUCCCUACUCUGAAAAUUCGCAGCCUUUGGGAUAUCAUCGGUCCAACCAGCCCGGUAUGGCCCAAUUCAUCCUUUUGUACGUCGUCCUCACUUGGCUCGUCGUUGGCCAUGCUCGAGAGCCACCCCAGCAGCAUGUCUUGGCUGGGCAACCCGACCCCAAGCCCUUCCCACAGGCUGCAGAAGUAGUUCGCGAGAAGUUAAAAGGCGCUGGCAUAAUUCCGCAUGUCAUCGAUGAUUUCUCACCGUCCCUAGGCCUCCACGCCACUUGGCCGUCCAAGGAACACGCCCUCCUCGGUAACACGCUCAAGCCCGAGAAGCUGCAAGAUGAGCCGUCCAUCGCCCUCCAUGACAUGCACGCCGCGUCCUCCCCAUCCAACCUCGUCGCCGCCAACGUAACCUAUGUCGUCGCCCUGACCGACCCGGACGCCCCCUCCCACGACAAGCCCAAGUGGGCCGAGUUUUGCCACUGGAUCGCGUCGGGGACCUUGAAACCCGCGCUCUGCGACCCCAAACAGCCGGUCCCCUGCCCCCCUAUGCUGACGGACCUCAACGAGAUCAUGUCGUACAAGCCUCCCGCGCCUCCCAAGAAAACGGGCCCGCAUCGUUAUGUGUUCCUGGCGUUCGUCCCGAGCAACGGGACGACGGACAAGCUGCACCUCUCGAAGCCGUCGGACCGGAAGCACUGGGGGUAUGAUACCGACAAGGGCGAGAUCAAGGGGGUGAGGGAGUGGGCUGAUGAGAAUGGGCUUGCGCCGGUCGGAGCCAACUUCAUCUAUGCCUUGAACAAGAAACAGUGAGUUCAAGGCUUUUACCUCGGAGCCCGCAGUUCGGCAGGGUGACUGGGAUCGUUUGUCUGCGUAGCUGGAAAAGAAGUUUAUGAAUGCAGUAGGUUAAUGAUUUUCUGGGUAUCUCAAUUCACAAGGUUUCGGUGGGAUUGGUGGACUCGGAGAGAUUCAGGUGGAAGUUCGUGAAUCUAAGGUGUAAUGGGAGAUUCUACGGCGAACUUGCCACGGGCUGAGGAGAAGCGGAGUGGUUGGCAGUCAGGUGAUUGUGGAUGUGUCUCAACUUCAAACCUCUGGGGUUGAAAUAGGUCUGAAGAAGCAAGUUACCAACUUAUUGUUCGUCGCUUAAUGUAACAAUUGGAAGUCUG